AUGGCGAGUCAAGCCAUUGUCGCGAUGCGCGUGUGCGCGCCUCCCGCCCUUGCGCCCUACAUGGGCGCUCGGUGGCGGAAGGCCCCCAAUACUCCGCAGUUCAGCUCCGCCUUCGUCGUUCCCAUGCGGCCGAAGCGCGUAACGCUGAGCUUUAGGCGCAACUGCCGUCGUCCGAUCUCCGCCAUCUUCCGCGCUCAGCGCGCGGGCGAGACGCGCGCGGGCGCGCGGUCGUGGAUGGAGCGGAUGGCGAAGGCGGCGGAGGAGAUGGCACGAGGCGCGGAGCGCGCGUCGAAGGAAAUGGCGAAGGUGGCCGCGGCGACGCUGGGGAACCACAACAAGGCCAUUGAGGCGGCGUCGCCGCUCUUGUCGCAGAUCGCGAGUCUCAUCCCGCACGCCCCUGGUGCUUCCGCCAGCGGAACCACUACCGCUUCCGCCGCCUCCCCGCGCGCAGCAGCUCCGCAGCAGCUGGCGGAAGACCACCUGCGCGAGGUGUCGGAUGACGUGGUAGCCCACGUCAGCAUCAAGCCUGCCAACGUGGCGCCGAUGACGUCAUCAUUCACAUCCCCGUCAUUGGGCGACGAUGAUUCCGCUUCUGCUGCUGCUGCUGCAGUUAACGCGGAUCCUACCUCAGUCCCACUGGAAAUGCGCAAGGCGGGUGCGCACGUGCUGGAGGGGCGGGAGGAGCGCGGCGCAAUGCGCGCGGAGCUGCAGGCGCUGGAGGCGCGCAUGGACGCGGCGUCCGCGGCGGUGGAGGCCGCCAAGAGCCGCCGGGGGGAGCUGCUCCAGGCGCACCCGGAGUUGAGGCAACGUGUGACAGACGUUGUUGACGGCAAGGUCACCCCACGCGCAGUCACCGUCACCCCCACGGCUGUAGCGCCGUGCUCUCCGUCUAACGCGCUGUCUAACGCGCCUGGCAACUCGGACACGGAGGGGGAGGCGCAGGAGGAGUGGGAGGAGGUGGAGGACGAGCAGGCGCAGGGGCAGUGGGGCGCGCAGGGGGGCGCGCAGGGGGAAGCGCAGCAGGGGGUGGUGGCGGGGUCGGUGCAGGCGCUGAGGGCGGGGCGGCUUCGGCAGAGAGAGCGGCUGCAGCGACCAGGCGUGGAGAGACGGCGACAGCACGCCGCUCAGGUGCGUCUGUCGGUGCUGCGCUCGCUGGCGGAGCGCCACGGCGUGCUGGCGCAGAGCACAGCCGCGCAGGUGGCAGCUGGACAGGCUGUAAAUGCACGAGAGAGCGACCCAGUGCAGGUCGCCAGGGAGCAGCAGCAGCAGCCGCAGCAGCAGCAGCAGCAGCAGCCGCAGCAGCAGCAGCCGCAGCAGCCGCAGCUGGUGUCACCUGUGGUGGACACAGCAGCACUGUCGCCUGGGGAGUUGGAACUGGUGAGAUCGCCCCGCCUUGCUCCCUCCCCUGCCAUGCUCCCUCCCAUGCCAUGCUCCCUCCCCUGCCAUGCUCCCUCCCCUGCCAUGCUCCCUCCCCUGCCAUGCUCCCUCCCCUGCCCUGCUCCCUCCCCUGCCCUGCUCCCUCCCCUGCCCUGCUCCCUCCCAUGCCAUGCUCCCUCCCCUGCCCUGCUCCCUCCCCUGCCAUCCUCCCUCCCCCUGCCAUGCUCCCUCCCCUGCCAUGCUCCCUCCCCUGCCAUGCUCCCUCCCCUGCCCUGCUCCCUCCCCUGCCCUGCUCCCUCCCAUGCCAUGCUCCCUCCCCUGCCCUGCUCCCUCCCCUGCCAUCCUCCCUCCCCCUGCCAUGCUCCCUCCCCUGCCAUGCUCCCUCCCCUGCCAUGCUCCCUCCCAUGCCAUGCUCCCUCCCCUGCCAUGCUCCCUCCCCUGCCAUGCUCCCUCCCAUGCCAUGCUCCCUCCCCUGCCAUGCUCCCUCCCCUGCCAUGCUCCCUCCCAUGCCAUGCUCCCUCCCCCGCCAUGCUCCCUCCCCUGCCAUGCUCCCUCCCCUGCCAUGCUCCCUCCCCUGCCAUGCUCCCUCCCCUGCCAUGCUCCCUCCCCUGCCAUGCUCCCUCCCCUGCCAUGCUCCCUCCCCUGCCAUGCUCCCUCCCAUGCCAUGCUCCCUCCCCUGCCAUGCUCCCUCCCCUGCCAUGCUCCCUCCCCUGCCAUGCUCCCUCCCCUGCCAUGCUCCCUCCCCUGCCAUGCUCCCUCCCCUGCCAUGCUCCCUCCCCUGCCAUGCUCCCUCCCCUGCCAUGCUCCCUCCCCUGCCAUGCUCCCUCCCCUGCCAUGCUCCCUCCCCUGCCCUGCUCCCUCCCCUGCCCUGCUCCCUCCCAUGCCAUGCUCCCUCCCCUGCCCUGCUCCCUCCCCUGCCAUCCUCCCUCCCCCUGCCAUGCUCCCUCCCCUGCCAUGCUCCCUCCCCUGCCAUGCUCCCUCCCAUGCCAUGCUCCCUCCCCUGCCAUGCUCCCUCCCCUGCCAUGCUCCCUCCCCUGCCAUGCUCCCUCCCAUGCCAUGCUCCCUCCCCCGCCAUGCUCCCUCCCCUGCCAUGCUCCCUCCCCUGCCAUGCUCCCUCCCCUGCCAUGCUCCCUCCCCUGCCAUGCUCCCUCCCCUGCCAUGCUCCCUCCCCUGCCAUGCUCCCUCCCCUGCCAUGCUCCCUCCCAUGCCAUGCUCCCUCCCCUGCCAUGCUCCCUCCCCUGCCAUGCUCCCUCCCAUGCCAUGCUCCCUCCCCUGCCAUGCUCCCUCCCCUGCCAUGCUCCCUCCCCUGCCAUGCUCCCUCCCCUGCCAUGCUCCCUCCCCUGCCAUGCUCCCUCCCCUGCCAUGCUCCCUCCCAUGCCAUGCUCCCUCCCCUGCCAUGCUCCCUCCCCUGCCAUGCUCCCUCUGCCGCCAUUCAUUCAACUGCCUUACUCUCGCUCUCGCUCUCUCCCUUUCCUCAUUCCCCCAGGUCAAGGCGGAGGAGUCAUGGGACAACUCGUCUCCUCACUGGCGUUCGCGCAGCAGCGCGCGGACGAGGAGGCUGCGCGCGUGGCGCAGCUGUGCGCGCGCGUGGGCGCGGACGCGGGGGAGAGGAGGCGCAGCAGGGAGGAGGGGCUGCGGAGGGCUGCGGAGGCGGGGGCGAAGAUGGGGAAAGGGGCGGAGGGGGGGCCGGGAAACGGGGGAGGGGGGGAGCGGGAGGGAGAUGAGGGGAAGAGGGUGGUGAGUGGUGCUGGCGGCAGCAGUGGGGGGUCGUUGGCAGGGAUUGGCGACAUGAUGAGUAAGCUCGCCAGUAUCCAGCAGACUCUCGAGUCAAUGGCCUCCCUCCCUCUCCUCGCCUCUCCUCCCUCUCUCACUCUCACGGCCGCCCUCCCCUCGCUCUCCCCUGUCUCUGCUUCCUCCUCCGCUUCACCCCUCUCUCUCCCUCCCAUCUCCUCUUCCUCCUCUUCCCCCUCCCUCUCCCCCUCCUCCUCGCCAUCCCCUGCUGUUGCCUCCCUCUCCUCCUCCUCUAACACACUCUCUGCCUUUCUCGCUUCACUCAAGUCCCCUCGCUCCCGCUCCCCUCGAACCACCACCCCUGCCCCUGCCAUCGCCACUGCAACCGGCGCUGCUGUAGCAGCACCACCUGUUCGAAGGAGGGCGGCAGGCGGGCGGCCUCGUUCGGCAGAAGAGCGAGAGAACUACCUCAAGGUGUACGCGCGGGCUCUUUUCCCAUCGUAUGUCGACACGUCAGCGUCGCCAGCUCAGCAGCAGCACGGAGUGGACGGAUUGGUCAGGGAGCUCGUCGUACAUGGCGCCAGCGAGGACUGGGCCCGAGGCUACAUUGCCGAAGCUCUGCUCCGGCCGAACCUGGCUGCUCCCAAGCCUCUGGCUGUUGCCAUGGCAUCCGGACCUCCCUCUCCCCGUGCUUCUGCCUCACACCACGAGUGUUCACAGCACGAGUUACAGCAGUACGCUCAGGCCAUCCGCAGUGCCUAUGUGGACGCGUCCAUGACCGCUUCUGAGCGUGAAGCAGGCACCAGCCUCUUUGUUGAGGAGCUGGUGGCGAUGGGUGGCAGGGAGGUCGAGCAGUGGGCGAGGUCCUUUGUGGCUCAGUCGCUUGCUACAGAAGUGCGCAAGCGCAAGGUUGUGCGCGCUUAG